UUCUGAAGCCACAGGGCCACAGGUUCUGAUUCUGCGUGUGGGAAGAACAACGCCUGAAAAGUUUGUUGAGAGAGAGAGAUAACUGCUUUCGCGAUGCAGAGUCUGCAGCAGAAGGCCUCUGAAUGGAGUGGAGUUUCCACAGAUGAUGCUUUUGCUAUCGACGACGGCGAUUUGUUUCACACUCUUGGCCUCCAAACCUUCGUUACACUCUCUACCAAUUUCUACAACAGGGUAUAUGAUGAUGAUAAAGAGUGGUUUCGUUCAAUAUUUGGGAAUUCAGACAAGGAAACGGCAAUUCAGAACCAGUACGAAUUCCUCGUCCAGAGGAUGGGAGGUCCUCCUCUCUAUUCUCAAAGAAGAGGGCACCCUGCUCUAAUUGCUCGACAUCGACCAUUUCCUGUGACACAUGAAGCUACUGAGAGGUGGCUACAUCAUAUGGGACAAGCAUUGGACAGUACCUCAGCUAUAGAUGAUGAUUCAAAGAUCAAACUCACGAACUUUUUCAGGCACACUGCAUAUUUCCUUGUGGCUGGAGUUGAGCGAAAGGAUCAACACCAUCACACACCAUGCAAGGAUGCUGCCCUGAAGCAACACCCAUGUAAAAACUUCUAGUAUUUUCUUUGUACCAUAUAGAGAAGGUAUCAUAUCAGAUGUCAAUUUUACUGUUGACAUAAAAACUUUCAGAU